CGGACAGUUAGAAGAUGUUGGAACUAUUAAGGGUUGAGCUCCUCGAAAAUAACUUCUCUCAGUUCACAGGCUUCAUCACAUGCUAGCAGUUCACGUCAAAGUAUGACGCAAUCGAGGGGGAAGCUCCCAGUUCAUAGACUUUGUCGCAAGGAGAAGACCCCAGUUCGCAAACUGCUUUUCGGUGUGUGCAAGCUUCAUCAUUCUGACAGGAUUCAUCCGCUUCCAAAACCCUAGACUAUGUUGAAUCUGAAAAUGAAUCAUCGGGAACUUCAUCGCAGACAAUGAGCACUGUGUUGAAGUCGACAAAACCAAAAUCGCGGGAUGUGGAAGACGAGUAAAAUGGCUCCAGUAAAGUGGAACCAACCGAUUUGAAGCUUCCUGUUUUUUCGAUCUAGUCGAAUGGUUCAGUCAAUAGCUUCGAUGUUAAGUAUAAUGAUUCUGAAGUGAGUGUUAUAUUGCACCAUCUAAUUAAAUAGGAGAGCGUACAAUUUGUUUCAAAUAGUUCUGAUGAUGCACCUGCUGAAGUUAAAUUUCAAAUUGACACUGAAACACAUUAUCCUGCUGAUAUUGGAGUGUAUCAAAUAGCCAAACUAACCAAAUGGUCAAAGAGUCUAUGCCUGUUGUCGAUAUGUCAGCGACUGAAAAGAGAACGAACCAAUAUCCUACGUACUCUCUAUUAAGGCAUUAUCCCAGUCCAACCAAGGAUAUGCUUGAAUCCUUUCUCCGCACAACUGUAGUUGUGGGUAUUGAUCUUGAUCGUGCUUGUGGUGUUGAUGCUUACUUCAAUAAUCUUAUUUGGAUUUUUGCAACAAUAGGCAUGGCACAAUCAAUUUAUUUUUUUAGGGGAGAUCUUAAUCCCCUGAGAUUGCUACUAAGGAUGGAUAUCUUGCUUAUUUUCAUGUUGGAAUGAUUUGAGAUAUUUGAAGUCAUUAUCGUGUUAGACUAAUAAGAGUGUUAUUGCAUUUUGUAAAUCACGACUCAAUGAGUUUGGUAAAUGGUUUCCUCUCUCUCUCGCUCUCGGUCUCAUUCCUGAAGGAGCUGACAUACAACCAGUCACAAACACCCUCCAGACAUCAUUUGGUGAUGGAAGUAGACAAUCACAUGAAUUUCAGACUAUAAUGUAUCAGUUAUAUGAUGUUAUGUACCAUAGUACCAGUUUAACUUCUCUCUUCAUCCCAACUAUGCAGUGUUGACACAUGCUCUAGGAUCACUAAGCUAGAACGAAUUGCGAAAGUAUGGGAUCCUGAAUUCAAUGUGGUGGAGAGUGAUAUCCAUGUGUUAUUAGGAGGUUUUUGUUAGACCAAAGUCCUGCUAUAGGGAGAAUAUUGAGAGAACUUAUAUUCCUGUAAUGAUGGAUCACUCAGGUGGAAUUGCAGGAAAGACCGAAUGUAGCCAUAUCAAAACAGAGAACUGUUGUAGAUGGAGAAACACAUCACUAUAACUCAAAUCCACUUGAACUUUCUUUCAAAGUGCAAGCGGAUUAAGUUCUGUAUGAUUCUUUUAGUGAGAAGCCUCAACUAAGGGAUAGGUUAAAGUCUGAGGGAAAUGAAAUAGAGGGUGCCUAAGGCUUUCGAUCUAUGGUACUAGUAGUACAGAAGCUCCUGGUACAACAAUUCAAUCAGUGAGAUGUUAAUCUGAAAUGUUUACUAUCAUCCACCUUGAGGAU